AUGCCACCACAUCCCCUCCACCCACGGUCGCGUAUGACGUCUACCCUCUUCGCUACAACAGUCGUUGCAAGCUUCUUCGUCGUUGGCAUGCCGCAUCUUCUACCAUGUCCAGCACCUCGUGUCACGUAUGCCGAUGGAGAAAUCGUAGUAGGCGAGGACGGUCGCCGGAGGAGGCGAAAACGUCGCGAGACAGCCCCUGAGAUCGAGAACGGCAUAGUCAACUUCAGUCAAGCCGGCGACGAGGAUACCAUACGAACCCGGGAAGAGCGAUUGAAGAGGGAAUGCCCAGUGCCGAAGCCGGGCGGCAUCCUUGGAGAGUGGUUAGGAUUCCAUGGACCGAGUAAAGAUGCAGAGGCCACAAAGGCGGAGAGGUGA